AUGGAAAACGAAAAUAAGCUAACUUGGAAUAAUUUACCAGAAAUUGUUAAACGAGCUCUAACAGCCGUGGCUGCGGAACAAAAUUUCAUCACGUACAAAGUCGACAUAACUUCUGGCACCAACGCCAACGAUGGAUUUUUGAGUGAAAUCGUUCGAGCAACCAUCGUAGGAUCAAAAUCAUCCGAAGAAUCAAUCGAAAUUCAAGAAGAAAUCUUGCACGAGUUUUCAGUUUUGUGUAAAAUGCAAGUUACAUCUCAAGCUCGUCGUGAUUUCUCGAAUUCAAGUGAGGUUUUUAAACGAGAAAUUUCUUUGUACAACGAUUAUUUACGGGAAUUGGUGAAAUUGCAGCAAGAAUUUGGGAUUUCUGAGGAAGAGGGUUUCUUUAAUUUUCCAAAAUGUUACUAUGCAGAGUAUGAUGAUGCCACAGACGAUGGAAUUCUGGUCAUGAACGAUAUUCGAGACAGCGGAUUUAUGAUGGCAAGCAAGUACGAGUUACUCGAUAUUCAAUCAAUUCGGUUGGUGGUACAAAAAUUGGCCAAGUUACAUGCCUUAUCAUUCGUUUUUGAACGUAAAAAGCCGGAAAUGUUUAAAAAUUUUAAAAAAUAUGACGACUUAAUGUUCAAAAUACUCAUGAAACCAGCAACGAUGGAGAUUUGGAACACAGUUUUCCCGUUAGCCAUCACCUCCCUUCAACAAGAACAUCCAAAAAUUGCGGAAAAAGUUCAAAACUUGCACGAAAAUUUUUACGCUGAAUGCGAAAAAUUAUCAAAUACCGAAAAUUCCGGCAAAUAUACCGUUAUCGGUCACGGCGACUGUUGGAAUAACAAUUUCAUGUACAAAUAUGGACCAACUGGCACUGCUCAGGAAGUUAUGUUACUUGAUUGGCAACUGUCUAAAUAUGGGUCGCCCAUAAUUGACCUUGUGUAUUUUUUGUUUACUGCAACUGAUAAGGAGGCACGAGACGCGUAUUAUGACGAUUUAUUGAAACUUUAUCAUGGAUCCAUGAGCUCAUUAAUGCAAAAAUUUGGUGAAUCUGUUGAAAAUAUUUUUCCAAUCGCCGUUUUUCAUGAAGAAUUGAAAAAAUUCGGGAAAUUUGGAUUGAUUAUUGCUCUUUUUAACUUGAACGUUGUCACGAUUCCCGAAGAAGAAAGUCCAAAUGUAGAUGAAUCGAUUGAAAAAUUGAUGAAUCCAGAUAAAAGAUGUGAUAGUGAUAUUUCAAUGAUUAAAGCUAUCAAAACCAACAACCCGAAAGUAGCUCCUCGUCUCAAAGAUAUUGUUUUAGAUAUCGAUCGGUUUGGUUAUCUUUAA